CUUUUGUGUCUCGUCAGUCUGUGGCUGUAUUUAACUGAUGCAGGGAGGAAACAUUUUCCCCUGGAACUGUCCCCUGCUGAUAUGACGAUCGCUGCUGCUGGGUCACACCAUGCUCAAGAGGCAGAAUCCCAGCGCUCCAGAACGCAGCAGGGAUCUCGCAGCCGAUGGAGGAGCUCUGUCCAUGUCUCACAAUGACUCACGCUCUUUUUUCAACUUAUCUCAGCUGGUGCUCUCUGCUGGCCAAAUCAAACCAUCACCAGCGCUCAAACAUUCAAAAAUCACGUACUUUGAAGUAGAGAUUGUUGAUGUGCAAAGCAAGAAGCAGAUCUGCAUUGUGGACAAGGUACCUCCAGCAUCUACCAUUCUUGAUGUGAAACACAAAUUUCACAAAACAUGUCCCCAGUGGUACCCAUCUCGUGUUGGCCUGCAACUAGAGCGCAACGGGCCCUUUUUGAAGGAUUCCACCAGCAUCCAAAGCCUUGCUGUCUCCUCCAUCGUUACACUGUAUUUUACAGACCUGGGUCAGCAGGUUGGUUGGACCACAUUUUUUCUAACAGAAUACACCGGGCCUCUUCUCAUAUAUUUGCUCUUUUACAUUCGCCUCUCAAGUAUUUAUGAUCAAGUGGAAAGCAGGAAGAACUUCCGCCACCCAGUGGUUCACUUGGCCUGCUUCUGUCACUGUUUACACUACAUCAGACAUGUUCUGGAGACAUUAUUUGUUCACAAGUUUUCAGAAGGGCACACUCCUCUGAAAAAUAUGAUAAAGGGCUGUGCCUUUUACUGGGGAUUCACAUCCUGGAUCGCAUACUACAUCAACCACCCACGGUACACGCCUCCAUCAUUUGGUCACAAACAAGUUUCUUAUGCUGCUCUUGCUUUUCUGAUGUGUGAAGCUGGAAAUCACUUUAUCAACGUAGCUUUAGCUCACCAAACCAAUUCAGGAAAUAGAACCUGUUUUCCAAGUCCAACCUACAACCCCUUCACGUGGCUCUUCCUGCUGGUAUCCUGUCCCAACUAUACAUAUGAGGCUGGGUCUUGGAUUAGUUUCACAGUGAUGACACAAACUCUGCCAGUUGGCAUCUUUGCUUUCCUGAUGGUCAUCCAGAUGUCUCUGUGGGCCCAGAAGAAACACAAGCUGUAUCUGAAGAGAUUUUAUCCAGAAGUGCGGAGAAAAGCAGCUAUGAUUCCCAUCAUCUUCUGAGAUUGUCACCAGAGCUGGAGCCUAAGUGUACACUUCAAGAGCCAGCUCAGAGUCAAUGAGCCAUUUAAUUCAGGAACUAAGUGGAUCAGAGGGAAAACUACUGGAUAUAUUUUUUCAGGAAAUUAACAGUUCAAGA